AUGUCCGGCUACGAUCAGUACAACCAGGGCCACGGCCAGCAGGGCUAUGGCCAGCAAGGCUACGGCCAGCAAGGAUACGGCCAGCAGCAAGGCUACGGUGGCCAACAAGGAUACGGUGGCCAGCAGGGUUACGAGCAACAGCAACAGUACGGUCAGCCUCAGCAGGGCUACGGCCAGCAAGGCUAUGGCCAGCAGGGUGGAUCUUCCGACUACUACUCCGGUCAGCAACACCAGCAGCAGGGCUACGGCCAGCAGCAGGGUGGAUCUUCCGACUAUUACCAGCAAGGCCAGCAGCAAGGCUAUGGCCAGCACGACCAGAACCGCCAGGGUGGCUAUGAGCAGCAGGGUGCCCCCGGUGAGGCCCAGGAUGGAGAGCGUGGUCUUGCCGGUGCCCUCGCCGGUGGUGCCGCCGGUGGCUUCGCUGGUCACAAGGUCAACCACGGUUUCCUCGGAACAAUCGGUGGAGCCAUUAUUGGUAGCAUUGCUGAAGACGCCGUCAAGAAGCACCGCCACAAGGACGACCAGUCUCCUCCUCAGUACGGCGCCCCCCCUCCCAACGGUCAAUAUGGCGGUCCUCCUUCCAACAGUGGCAGCGGCGGCUCCAUGAUGGACCAGCUCGGUGGCUUCUUCAAGAAGUAG